AGGUCCGGACCUGAAACCCGGAAAAAUUGUAUUUUUAAAAAAAAAAAAAAAUUCAAAAAUCAAAAUAACGCUGCUGCUUGAGUGACGCUUCAGUUCUCUUUCAUUUCAUUCUAACCCUAACAAACAGGUUGUCUCCCCCUCUCCCUCACGCAGUCACGCUCACUGUCUCCAGUCUCAGCCCAACGCGGCAACGCCCACCGCCGACACCUCCUGCCUUCCUCACUCUCUCAGGCGAAGCCCAGGCGCCCACCGACCACCGCAUGAGACAGCUACUGCGCGAUUUUCCAUUUCUCCGUUAUGGGGAAGAAAUGCGAAGGCUGUAAAAUUGCGGAGAAUUAUAAUUAUUGGUCUGAACUUCCUGCAACAAAACACCAAUUCUUCAAGGUCAUGUAUGGCGAUUUUGAGCACCAAAUGAAUAUUCCUCAGAAGUUCAUGGAGUGUUUCAAGGAGAAACUCUCCCCGUGGUGUACACUUAUAGCGCCAAGUAAACACAAAUGGAAAAUCAGACUCUCGAGUACAUAUGAUGAAAGGCCAUUGGUGUUUACAGAUGGAUGGAAACAGUUUGUUCGUGACAAUGGAGUGGAAACAAAUGACUUCUUAGUGUUCCGUUUUGUUGGAGACUCCUCGUUUGAGGUGUCAGUGUUUGACAAGAGUGGUUGCGAGAAAGAGGGUUGUCACUUUUCCAUUAAUUCCAAUUCAAUCUCAAGAAGAUUCUCUUGUACAAGUAAUCUCCACAUCAACCAUGGUAGUGUGGCUAAAGAAGAAAUUGAGAUUUGUGACUCAUCAUCAGAGGAUUAUUCUUUGUGGAAGGAAGACGAAGAAGAGACUGAGGAUGUAAGUCAUGUAAUAACGGAAGAAAAGAGGGAGAGAAGAGGAAGCUCAAGUGAAGGAAAAUUUCCUCAAAGCCAAAAGUACUUCAUAUCGAAUAGGCGGGAUCUUAAACCUGGAGAAAAGAAAAGGGCUUCCAAGAUGGCAGAGUGUUAUAGGCGCAGCAUGAAGGAUAAUAAGAGAGUGUUUCCUGUGUUUCAGAUAGCAAAAAGUACUUCAUAUCGAAUUUAUGUUUUUUUUUUUUUGGUAUUUUUGGUGUUUGAGAAUUGGGACUUUAUACUUUUAUAG